AGUCACAAAAAAAACCAUGGCGCUGUCCAUGAGAGGCACGUUGAGAAUCAUAAGACAAGGAAAGACUUGGAGUCAAGUGGCUGGUUACUACUUUAACCAACGGCAAAAAUCAUCUAAAGGUGUACAGGAACCAUUGUCUUCCCUGGCAGGAGCAGCAUGGCAACCUCCAGAUUGGAAUGAUGACUUCCUGGAUAGGGCUGUAGGAUGUACAGAAGAUAAACAAGAAAAGAGACUGAAGCUGACUCCAGAUCAGCCUGUAAACCCUCGUGUGUUACAGGUGGCUAUCAUCGGUACCUACAACAGUGGCAAGUCUACUCUCACCAAUGGCCUCAUGGGCUGGAAAGUAUCUGCUGCUUCUAGCAAAAUACACACGACUCAACAAAAUGUGUUGGCCAUACACACAGAAGGGGACACACAGAUCAUCUUUAGGGACACACCUGGUCUGAUCAGGGGCAGUAGAAUCUCCCCCAAACAAAGGGAUAAAUUACAAAAGUCCAUUCUCGAGGAUCCAAAGAAGAGUUUGGUUCAUGCUGACCUCAUUUGUGUGAUGGUGGAUGCUUCAGACCGCUGGGAUAUAGAAUAUCUGGAUGAGAAUUUGUAUCACCUUCUGAGGAAAAACAAACACAUCCCAUCUGUCCUGGUACUGAAUAAGAUUGACCUUGUAAAACAGACAACCUUCCUGCUCCACAUCACUCGGAUCCUCACCAUGGAUACGGUUGGUGGGAAAAAGAUCCCCAUUACUACCAAUAAGGUAGAAAAAGGAUGGAAGGUCAAUAACAUUAUAGAAGCCAUCAAAACGGGCGGGAAAAAAUCUAAGGCUGUAAAAACAAAGCUGGAUUCCUUGUUUGACAGAGUUGAUCAAGUUCGAGGAGCUUCUCACAAAAACCUUCAUGAAGGCUCAGGUGUAGAGACCCAGGUAUUCCAAGAUGAGCAACAGAAAGGUCGCCAUGAAGGUCAACCCGACAGACAAAGAGAAGGCCAUUAUGACAGCAGUAUUCCUACACAACAAUACACUGACAUUGGAAGGCCAGACAUCCCAGAAUAUGCUCUCAAACAAUCUAUACCAAGAGGUUGGGACUGUUUUGAGAGAGUGUUUAUGAUAAGUGCCCUUUAUGGCAAAGGUGUAAAGGAUCUUAAGGAUUUCUUGUUUUCACGUGCUUUACCUGGUGAUUGGUGUUAUCACAGCUCGGUAGUAACCGACCAAAACCCCUACAGACUGGCCGAGAAAAUUGUCUGGGAGAAAAUGCUAGAGCAUUUACCAAAAGAAAUGCCAUAUAAAUAUUUCCCAGUGGUGACACUUUGGACAAUGGAAAAUGAUGUACUCAUUAUUCACAUGAAUAUCAACAUGUUUAGAAAUAAAUCUGUGGAAAAAACGAUUGGAAGACAAGGAUCAACAAUAAAAAUGAUUCAGAGAGAAUCUCACGCAGCACUCAUGGACGUUUUCCGAUGUGAUAUAAUCUUGCACUUGUUAGUCCGCAAGGAAGAGGGAAAGAACAAGAAAAAAACUGACUUUAAAACUACUAUUUACAACAAAAAAGAUGCACUACGGAAUGAAACAUCCAAAAGUCCAGAAGAUAAACUACAGCUCAAAUCAAAUCGAGUUAUAUUGGAAUGAAAAUAUACCAUAAUGCACACACAGAA